GCUUUGCCGAAUAGCUGCCACUUUUGCAAGUGGUUGCCAACCAACCAACCCGAGCACCGAGCUUCAAUUCUACAGCGAUACCGCGAUGUCGUUCAACCACGCACUUCGGAGGUCUGCCUCCCAGCUCCUAGCUCGCGCGGCCGCUGCGAACACUGCAGCCGAGCUGCCGACCAUGGCGAUGGGCACCGUGCGCAACCUAUCCUCGCGCUCCGCUGGCGACCUGGUCCUCGGCCCGUUCCGUGGCUGCUCGCCAAGAUACAGGUCCCUGGCCCCCUUCCUCCAGCCGUCCAGCCUGGGCAGCCUUUCACGAGCCAUGGAUGAGCUGCUUCAGAUGGACCGCCACCUCACCGCUGAGCUGGCCAACGUCUUUGGCGACUCGCCGCUGGCGCGCAACUCGCCGCUCUUCAGCGACUCGCCUUUCCGCUCCGCGACCUCCAAGUCGGUGUCGGUAACGCGCCCGACCCAGUUCCGCGCCUUUGAGGACCGCUACGAGCUCCAGGCGGACAUGCCAGGUGUGGCCGAAUCGGACCUGCACAUCGAGCUGGAUGCGGAGGAGGGACUGCUCACCAUCUCCGGAGCCCGCCGCGACGGCGCCAGCCCGCCGAUCCCGCCGGCGCCUGCAACCGCCGCCUCCGCUGGGCCCGCCGCCACCGCCUCUGCCGCGACCGGCACCCAGCAGCAGCCCGCCUCCGCCCCAGCCACUGCAUCCGCGGCUGCCGACGAGGCUGACGCCGCCGCCGCCGCAGCCCCUGGGGCGGCAGCAGCCGGGGUUGAAGCCGGCAGUAAGGGCAAUUGCGCGGUGUGGACGUUCCGGGGCUCCUGGCAACUGCCUGGGGAUGUGGAGGCGGACGGCGUGGCGGCGGCGCUGGAGCGCGGUGUGCUGAGGGUGACGCUGCCGCGGCGGCAGGCGCCCGAGAAGCCGCAGCCGCGCCGCAUCAAGGUCACCGCCGGCGCGCAGUAGAUAGAUGGCAACCGAUGGAGGGCAGGUGUGAUGGAUGGAGGGUGGCGGGUGUCGUGAUGCGCGGCAGCGGCGGUUUGCCGCAGUGCGUACGCUUGCAGGCGCCACUGCUUGUGCGCAAUACGUUACGGUCAGCGCCGCCGCCUGUUUCGUGUUUAGGUUAUAAGUACAAGUGGCUCAUUAUUAGUUGUAGGAACCGCGCACGGCCGCAGUGGCCCCUGCCUUCACAGGGAUCGUAUUACAACACGGUCGUGCAGGAGUGCAGGAUUGGGUGCUGCUUGCAAUGGCAGUUGGGUUUCAGCAGUAAAGUUCGACUGUAAUGGCGUGCGCGGUGCAUGGGCGGGUCAGCGGGUGGUGUGUCCGGCUGCUGCAGUGCUAACGUUGGGGCGCAACACUUUUGGUACCGGGGUCAUCAACUGAAUGGCGGCGAUAGCGUGGCUGGGUCCCACAGCUAAAAGGCGGCGCGAUCUUGGGGUGGUGUUAGACCGUAAUGCGUGACACGUAGCAAGCAAAGAGGCUGGCGGGAGCGCAGGGCCUCACACCACGAUAUGCACGAGCUGCAGCGACUCAGCGAGUAAAGGGUUGUUGGGGAUGCGCGGCAGGCAUGGUGCGUGUCUUUGUCACGUCAGGGGGCAGCGAACCGGUGACAUUGAGCUAAAAUACAGCUGUAACACCUGUGCGUG